ACAAUGUCCUGUGAAUUUCAGAGACGUGAAGUCGGUUCUGUUUGUUCCUUACGCUCUGCACGACAGAGACGCCUACACCAGAACUGCCCGAGACAAGUUCAAGACUCUGGGUUAUGAGCUGGACAGUAUCCAUGAGGCCGCAGACCCAGUGGAGGCCGUCAGGAGGGCUCAGGGCUUUUUCAUCGGAGGAGGGAACACGUUCCGGCUGCUGAAGAGUCUCUAUGACAACAAGGUGGUGUCGGAGAUCAGGAGACGAGUGUUGGAGGAUGGCGUCCCCUACAUGGGCUCCAGUGCCGGCACCAACGUGGCCACCGUCAGCAUCAGCACCACCAAUGACAUGCCCAUCGUUUUCCCUCCAUCCUUCUCCGCCCUCGGCCUCGUUCCUUUCAACAUCAACCCUCACUACCUGGACCCCGACCUCGGCAGCCGCCACAUGGGGGAAACCCGAGAGCAGCGGAUCACUCAGUACCACGAAGAACCCGACACACCACCAGUCCUGGGUCUGAGAGAAGGAUCCAUGCUGCUGGUGGAGGGAAACAAAGCCACACUACUGGGAACCACCAAGGCCAAACUGUUCAGCAGGGGACGGCCCUCGGUGGAGUGGGACCCCGGCAGUGACCUGAGCUUCCUGCUGACGGACGGCGGCACCUCGUCCUCCUGAUUCCACUGAUGACCCGACUCUUCUUCACUGAUCGUGGAAUCAGAAGAAACGUUGUAAAGAAGCAUCGUUGAAUGUGUUGAUUAAAGUUUGACGUGACGGCUGCUGCCAUGUUUUUAUCACAGCGGUUUAACAGUAUUCACUCAUGUAGAUCACCCCCUGGUGGCUGGCUGCAGUAUAGGUCAUAAACCCCCCUCCUCCACGUUAGCAGACUCUGUUUCUGAAGUUUGGUUUUAAUAACUCAUUCAAUGACUGAUCACCACCACAAGAUGGCAGAGUUCAUGUCGGAGAUAUGACGUUGAUCAACUUUAAUUAUAAACAGAUUUAUUUAGCCUGAAGCUCUGAAGUAGAGCAACCAUCAGCCACCUCUUCUUCAGCUCCCACUGCAGCCGGCCACCAGGGGGCGAGUCUGUGAACCAUCGAGUUCAAGAAGCAACGUUAACAAGACGAGACGCAACACUGAGCCAAACGUGAGCAAAUCAGUUUAUUUCAUUCUAACGGUGAAAUCAUCUCAGUAUCAAAGUUAUUUUAGUUUCUAGGUGAAAGAACAAAAAACA